AUGUUGGAAGAACUGCCUAGAGAGUCUCCAUCCCUGGAGCUGCGCAAAACCCAAGUGGGCACAGCAACCUGUUCUUGGCCUUUCUCUGAGCGGGAGGUUAGAGGAAUCAUUAGCAGAGUGACAGCAUCAGUGAAAAACAUUGUACCAGGAUGGUUGCAGAAGUAUUUCAAUAGAAGUGAAGAUGAAUGUGUAGAUGCAAAUGAAUCUACAGACCAGGAAGAGAAUCCAGUAAACUAUCACCAUGAUUAUGCAAAUGAAGAUACCAUCGUGAUUGAUGGGAGAGUCACGCCUGAAACAGCAAGAAUUAAUUUAGAAGAACCAUCCACAAGUAGAUCUGCAUUGAACUACUCAGAUGUGUUAACAAGGCCCUCUCUUCAUCGAAGCCAUUUGAACUGUACCAUGUUGGAUUCUACAGUACCACAUUGUCAGCCCUCUACAUCUUCUUCACUUGGCAUUGGAAGUCCUGGACUGUCUCUUGUAAGAGAAAUAAAAGAUUCUACCUCUCAGCAUGAUGAUGAUAACAUCUCAACAACCAGUGGCUUCUCCUCUAGAGCAUCUGAUAAAGAUAUCACAGUUUCAAAAAAUACUUCAGCACCACUGCUGUGGUCCACAGAAGCUGAAAGAUCUCAUUCCCUCUCACAACAUCCUGCAGCUAGCUCUAAAAAACCGGCGUUCAAUUUAUCUGCUUUUGGAUCUCCCUCUCCUUCACUUGGAAAUGCUUCUGUCUUUAAGACAAGCCAGCUUGGAGAUUCUCCAUUUUACCCUGGAAAGACCACUUACGGUGGUGCAGCUGCAGCAGCAAGGGAGACAAAAGCACGAAUUGCUCCUUAUCAGCCACCAGUAAGAAGACAAAUGAAAGCUAAACAAGCAAAUGUGCAAUCCUGUGGUGUGACAAGUUCCACAGCACGGCGCAUCUUGCAGUCAUUGGAGAAGAUGUCAAGUCCUUUGGCGCCUCUGGACAGGUGUGGGCUGAAUAUUACUACCUUCCAACCCAAGCGAAACCAGAUGGAAUCGCAGCUUCCACCUGUCCAGAAACUUGUGACACCAAAGGCAAUCUCUCUGUCAGGGAGUCGGACCCAGUACUUUAAACCAUCUCUGACUCCAGCUACUGAUUCCAGCAAAAUUCACCAGAGGGUAGAUACAAAGCACAAAGGCAUGAGAGAGAAGAGUUUUCCUACAGAACAGCGAGUAAACCCAUCUGAAAGUUUGACCUACCCCAAAUUCAGUACUCCUGCAUCCAACGGUCUGUCUUCAGGAGGAGUGGGUGGUGGUGGCAAGAUGAGAAGGGAAAGAGGAGUGCACUAUGUAUCAAAACCUGGACAAGAACAACAGGAGGUGGAAGAACCAGUACUACCGAAAGUACCCUUACCCAUCAGUACUGCAUCGCUGCCUUCGUUCAGCUUUAAUUUUCUUGCUACUAGUACUGUCUCAUCGUCACCAAACACUGUUUCAACAGGAGCAAUGAAGGUUGGGUUUACAUUUAGUGAUCCUGUUGCAAAAUCAGCAGAGCGUUCUGGGUCCAGUGACACACCAGUGACAUCCUUCCUUACUCUAGAUACCACCACUGUAAACAGCACCAGCAAUAAGAAGGAAAAAGAAGAAUACGAUGGCCCCUCCAAACCUGCAAAGUUCUUAAAGGAAGGAAGUGUGUUAGACAUUCUAAAAAGCCCUGGCUUUACCUCUGUGAAAACACACUCCCCUACAUCUGCGCAGCCUGUUACAAGCACAGUGGUCUAUACAAGGCCUGCAAUAAGUAGUUUUUCUGCAGGUAAAGACACCUCUAAACAAGCAUCCUCGUUUUGGCAGUCUGACACCUAUGACCCAUGUCUGCAAAACAAAACCAUGGAUAGCAAAUGUGUAACAUGUGAAGCUGCUAAAGUGUCAACAAUUGAGAGUACGAAACAGACAAUAAGCUCAAGUCAAUGUGUUGCCUCUAAGGCAGCAGUUUCUACAGUGGGGACAUUAGGCUUUGAAGACAAAUUUAAAACAGCACCAAACACAUGGGAUUGUGAUACCUGUCUGGUCCAGAACAAACCUGAAGCUACUAAAUGUAUAGCAUGUGAGACACCAAAGCCCGGAACAGGAGUAAUGCCUGCCCUGACAUUGCCAGCAGUCACAGACAACACAGUGACAGUGACAUCCUCCUCCAGCAGCACUGACACAACAGUCACUCUGGGUUUUGGAGACAAGUUUAAGAAACCAAAAGGUUCUUGGGAUUGUGCGGUGUGCCUUGUAACAAAUAAGGCAGAAGACAGCAAAUGUGUAGCUUGUCAGUCCGAGAAACCAGGGAGUUCAGUGCCUGUGACUAGUAGCAGUGUUCCUGCAAUUUCUGCUGCUUCUGGCGGAUCUGGAGGAUUUCUGGAUUUGGAUAAGUUCAAAAAGCCUGAAGGAAGCUGGGAUUGUGAGGUCUGCUUGGUCCAAAACAAACCAGAAGCCACGAAAUGUGUAGCUUGUGAAAGUGCGAAGCCAGGCACCAAAGUAGAGCCCAAAGGCUUUGGUGUGGCUGCUGUGUCCACAAAUGCUGCAGUGCCAUCAUUUACAUUCGGUGUCCCAUCAUCAUCCUCCUCUGAAUCUUCUCAUACGUUAAGUAGCACAGGAAAUUUUAAAUUUGGAGAACAGGGGAACUUCAAGUUUGGCAUUGCAUCUGAGUCUGCAUCUUCCAACACUGUGACUGGGGGUUUUAAGUUUCCUACUGGUUCGGAUGGCUUCAAAUUUGGAGUUUCUUCCUCAGACUCUAAAUCAGAAGACAGUAAAAAAGAAAGCAAAAGUAACAGUUUUACUUUUGGAGUUCCAUCUACAAGCAGUCAGGCUCCUUCAACAUUUCAGUUUGGGACAGCAAGCCUGGGACAGCAGGAAAAGAAAGAGGAACCGGUUUUGAGAGGCUUUGGUUUUGGUACAAGUUCUGCUUCUUCCAUAGCUACCAAUGAGAAUAAAUCCGGGAUUGGUGGCUUCACUUUUGGAACUAUGGCAAAAAAGGAGGUAGCAUCACCUGCUUUUGCGUUUAAGAAGUCAGAUGAGAAAAAGGAUGAAACGCUUCCGACGAAAGGAUUCUCUUUUGGCAGUGUGGAGUCUGCACCUGCACCACAGUUCGUUUUGGGAAGGACAGAAGAGAAACAGGACGCUGUCACUCCUGCUGCUCCAUUAGCAUUUGGAAAGAAAGCUGACAGUGAUGAGUUAAAGACACAACCUGUCUUUUCCGCUGGGAUGGCUGAGCAUACCAAAGAGGAGAGCACAGCAAAACCUAUGUUCAAUUUUAGUUUUGUUAAACCAUCAGAGAAGGAAAGUGAGCAGGCAAAGCCGUCUUUUGCAUUUGGCGCACAAACCAGUACAUCAGAUCAAGGAGCAGCAAAGCCAUCCUUCAGCUUCUUGAGCUCUAGUUCCUCCAGCACAGUCGUACCCACCACUUCAGCCAACAGCAGCAGUGUGUUCGGCAGUGCCAUCUCCUCCUCAAAUCCUCAGCCAGUUCCCGCUCCCUUUGUGUUCGGGCAACCCAGCAACACUGUGAGCAGCUCUGUUUUUGGCAAUUCUUCAGAAUCUGCAGCCUCUCAGUCGUUUGGCUUCUCUCAAGAAAACAAACCAGCAACCACAUCUUCCAGCACUGGCACAGGUCUUACUUCGUUUCUCUUUGGCUCAGGAGCCAGCAGUACCAAUACAGCAAAUUCAGGUUUUAACUUCGGAGCCACAACCACAUCGAGUUCAACAGGGUCGUCCUCUUCGUUUCUCUUUGGCUCUGGGCCUGCAGCACCAGCUGCUGGCCCAGCAUUUGGCACCAGUCAGCCACCAGCAUUUGGCCAGAGCCAAGGGUCCGGCCAGCCAAGCGCUCCAAGUUUUGGAUCCCUGUCGACAAUGUUGUUUUCAGCUGGCGCUCAGCCUGCUCCUCCUGCCUUCGGCUCUGCGACAAGCAGCACUCAGCCCUCUGUGUUCGGACAGCAAGUGGCGCAGCAGCCGGGUUUUGGCUCUGCUACCCCCAGUGCUGGUUCUGUAUUCCAGUUUGGAAGUAAUACUUCUAAUUUCAACUUCCCAAGUAACCCAGGAGUAUUUACUUUUGGUGUGAAUCCUCCGGUACCAGCAGCACCGGCACAGCCUUCUGGCUUGUCAGGAUUUCCGUUGAGCCAGGCUCCAGCUUUUACAGUGGGGACUAACGGGAAAAACAUUUUCUCUGCCUCCGGAUCUUCAGUUCCUGGUCGGAAGAUAAAGACUGCAGUUAGACGUAGAAAAUAA